GACUGACAGGCAUUCAAAGGGGUUCAAUGGAGGCACUCGACCUCUUUGGUGUCUUGAAGAGGUUUCGCUUCUCAUCUGAAGAGCUUUGUAAAUUCUGACUGGAGUAAGGAAGGGCCAGCUUAUAAAGCCUACUGUUGCCUUACACUGUUGUUUGUUGUUUUUUAACUUAAAUUUACACAAAUAAUAAUUUUAAAUAAAUAAAAAGUGAAAGCAUCAAUGGACACCCAGCGAGACUUUGAAACAUUUAUCCAAAAACCAAGUCUACAUGCAUCUCUCCAUAACAGAUUUAUGUUUGAAUAUUUCUCCAAACCUUCUCCCCAUUCAGAUAUAUUAAAACUCUAAUUUUACUGCUCACCCUUUAAAAUUUUGAUCAUACCUUACCCCUGAGGAGUUGUUAUAACAUAUACUUUUAUGUGUACUUUUACGUGCGUGUAACACCACGGCUCUGUCCGUUUGUAGGUGGAGGAAGCUCUAAGUGAGGUGGACUUUCAGCUGAAGUUGGAUCUUCACUUUACUGACAAUGAGCAGCAGUUGGCUGACAUAGCGACAGUUCCCUUGAUCAGCAGUCGGACACUGAGCCUCCACUUCCAUCCCCGAAGAGGUCUCCACCACCAUGUCCCGCUCAUGUUUGACUAUUUCCACUUGUCCGUCAUUUCUGCCCAUACACGCAUCACUGGUUGCUUUACACCAGCCCCUGAUCAGCUUUGCACGUACAGGAAAGGGCUCCUGGCUGGGGAAGGGCUCACCAGAGAGCGUGAGCGACCCAUCUGCUGUGUCUGUAGACAGCCUCGUGUUUGGGGCCGGCUACUGUAAGCCUGUCAUCUCUGAGGGAAGUUAUGUGCCCAGUGAAGACUGCCUGCAGAGAGCUUACACGUGGCAUCGGCGUCUCUGUCGCCUCCUGCUGGUGGCCUACAGGGGCCUGCAUGUGUACUGCACCACACUGAUGAAGGAAAUCCCCCAGCUCCCACAGAUCCCACUAGAUACAGAGGCUGUCCAUGUUGCUGAAACUCUGAACCAGCUCUCCGUAGAGUUACAGCUGCAGGAGAAUCCCGAGAAGGUGGCUGAGCAGAUCAGUAGGGACACGAGCCAGCUGUGCUCUCAGCUGGUCUCUCUGUGGAGCCACUUCCUCGACGCCGCUGUGCUCAACCCUUACAUCAACUCCUACCUAGCCCAGGAGCACCACACGCUCAGGGUUAGGAGGUUCUCAGAGGCAUACUUCUUCACCAACCAUCCCAAAGAGACCUCUCUGACGUUUCAAGAGGAACUCAUCACCAGACAUGGGAAGAUAGCUGCAGAGGUGCGGAGCUCAGACUACAUGACCAAAAUGCCUCCUUUACCUGUUGAGUGUCUGGACAUCGACGGAGACUGGAACAGCCUGCCCAUCAUCUUCGAGGACAGAUAUGUUGAGUUGCCGCCGAGAGAGACGGUAUCACACGUGCCAAUACCAAAGACCACGGAGGAGCACAGCAGCUCACACCUCACCGUCUCUCCUGCUGAGGAGGUUCCCGAGAGCAACCAGGACGGUAAAUCACCAGCAACCCUCCACGAUUCAUUGGACAGUGAAGAAAGCUUGGAGCGGCUCACGGAUGCCUCGUUCACGGCAGAUCAGAGAAAACCCAACAUGAUGACUGAGGACCUCAUUCAGAGUGACCGUGGUGUUAAAGUCUCCCUAACCGAAGCAGAUAACCUGAAAGGACCAAUGGACAGUCAUGAUGAAGAGGAGAAGGCUGGUCCUGGCUGGAGGUACAGUGUUAAGCCUUGUGACAUGGAACCGUUACGAGUCGAGGAGGGGCCGCCUGUUGGUGGUAAAACAGACGGCAUAGCAACAGAGAUGGGAAACACCGAGGAGUCUGGCAUCGCCAUGCCUUUAAAUCACUCCAUGGAUGAUGAAAGUGAAGAUGCUUUACUUAACAGCCUCAUCACAUCUCAUGUAUAUCCUGUUUCACAUUCAAAUCCUGGGGACCUCAGGAAAGAAGUGGCUCAUUGUGGAGGCUGUGCGGGCUCUAAGAUCAUGAAGCGCUCAUCCUCUCUUAUUUCUGACUCAGGCAUUGAGAGCGAGCCCAGCUCAGUAGCAUGGCCUGUAGAAACUGCACUGCGUGGAAAGCCUUUGCUGGAUUUUUCUAGUGAACGUGAACUCCCAAAGCAAAUUGUUCUGGAUCACCGUAGCUGUCUGGAAGGUCUACAGAUGGAGAGCAACAACAGCCUUCCAAGUGGGGGUAUACAAGCCUCACUCACCUCUAUCAGCUCCCUGCCCUAUGAAGAGGACCAGCAGAAACGUUAUCUCAGCAAACUGACCAAGUCUGUCUCUGCACCACAGAUUAGUAGCCCAGAAGACCCGGAGGAGGACCACGUGCUGCACUGUCAGGAAACUAGUAGAAUAAGCCAAGAACUGUGUGUGCUUUCAGAGCAGAUAGAAACAUCUAAAUUAGAUCAAAUUCCUGACAGUAGUCUUAAAGAUGUUAGGUCUGAAACACUGAACUCUCAGUGGAACCCAACAGAAACAUGCAAAAUCAAUCCAGUGUUAAGUGUGUCUGAAGUGUUGCUUUCCACAGACUCUGUAGGAAGCCCACCUGCAAAAGGAAGUGCUGAUUUAGGCAGCCUGGGAAGCAACAGGGGCCGUGAAGAGCACAUGAGCAGAAUAAGUGUGUCAGUGGGGGACGUGCAUCUUAUAGAAUCUGAAGCAUCAUUCUGCAGUUGCCAAAAUAAAUCAUGUGUACAUAAAAGUGCUACAGAGCUCGGCAGCACUUCUGGAAAUGAGUGCCAAAGAUUACAUCAGAGCAAACUUCAAGACAUCAAGGACAAGAAGUGUUUGCUUCCCUCAGAGAUAUCUCUUAAACAGCUACAGUCCCAUGAAUUGACCAACAGCACCACCGUCUCAUCGAGGCCGAGUGACCUAACAGGGCUGGCCAGCAUGGACUUACCAUCUGUUACCCUGCGUAGAACGUUAACCAACGAGAAAGUGUCCUCAGACGGCCACACUAGGCCCUCCAAACUUCCAAACUCUGGGCUGGCCUUUGUGAACAAGAAGAUGGUGGAAGUGGUGAACAUGUCCGUUUCCUGUGCCCCGACUUGUCUACCAUUCUCAUCAGCCCUGAGAGACUCUCCGUCUGUCGGUGGAAUAUCUGCUCGCCAGGCUUCUUCACCUGUUACCAAUCAGCCCCUGGGCUCCUUUGGAAUCAUCUCCUCAUCUUACCUCACUAUGCUAAAUGUGGAUGAUGAGACCAAUGAACAGAUGCUGAAUUUCUGCAGAGCUAGAGAGGAGCUUGUUAAAGAGCUGAACUUCCAAGCAAACCUGUACAGCGACACUUCUCCACUAGCAUCAGAUGUGCCCUACUUCCCCUCUGAGGAGGACGACGAGGAGUUUGAUGAUGGCAUACACCUCGUAGUGUGUGUCCAUGGACUUGAUGGAAACAGCGCAGACCUCCGUCUUGUGAAGACCUUUGUUGAGCUGGGGCUGCCGGGAUCCAGGCUUGACUUCCUCAUGUCUGAGAGGAAUCAGGCAGACACAUUUUCAGAUUUUGACACCAUGACAGACCGGCUGCUGGAUGAGAUCAUUCAGCACAUCCAGCUGUACAAUCUCACCAUUGGCAGGAUGAGCUUCAUCGGCCACUCUCUGGGGAACAUCAUCAUCCGCUCGGUGCUGACGAGGCCUCGCUUCCGCUGCUAUUUACCCAGACUGCAUACUUUCCUGUCGUUGUCGGGCCCACACCUGGGAACACUGUACAACAACAGUGCAUUGGUCAGCACAGGUCUGUGGUUGAUGCAAAAACUGAAGAAAUCUGGAUCCCUGCUUCAGCUCACCUUCAGGGAUCACGCUGAUCUGCGGAAAACCUUCCUCUAUCUCCUGAGUCAGAAACCAGGGCUGCAGUUCUUCAAGAACGUGGUGUUGGUUGCCUCUCCACAGGACCGAUAUGUUCCUUUUCACUCUGCAAGAAUAGAAAUGUGCAAGACCGCUCUGAAAGACAGAACUACCGGGCCUGUGUACGCAGAAAUGAUCAACAACCUUCUGCUGCCUGUUGUGGAGACUACAGAGUGCCAGCUGAUCCGCCACAACGUGUUCCAUGCUCUGCCCAGCACAGCCAACACGCUGAUCGGCCGGGCUGCCCACAUCGCAGUCUUGGACUCUGAGCUCUUUUUGGAAAAGUUCUUCUUGGUGGCAGGGCUCAGCUACUUCAGAUAAAGGUGUCUGGGUCAACGGAAGACGCAUACCUGCUACCGUGUACAUUUUGUGUGAUGUGUAUUGUGGAUUUCCUAUAGAUCCGAUCUACGUCCGAAUUACUAUCACAGAUAGCAGCUGUCGUUAAAGUAUUAAUACGCAGCAACUAUUUCUAAUGAAAACUCAAACCCUGAUGCAAGUUCACACAAGACAAAGCAUCUGUUGAUGACAGGAUUGAUUGUAAAUAUUUUGGCUGCCUUUUGUAUAAGUUCUCAGCUAAUAACACACUAAAAUGCUAAUUAUGGUCCAAAGCAUUGAUUUACUCGCCCUUUAGAGAUGGUGCAGAUGUGCAGCAUUUAUCCUUUUGAUUGUACCUUACGUAUUUAGCUGUAUGAAAAGAAAAACACUUCUACUUUAUACAAAACAUAUAUAUUGUUUGAAAAUACUUAUUUUUAUGUAUCAGUCGAGAAGUAGAGUAGUAAAACCUAAAAUAAUAUAAAUGUAAACACAUUCAGUCCACGUACGGGUGAGUGUGUGUCGUCUGUCAGAUCGAUUCAACUAAAGCGUGUUACCUACGCGAGUAAAAAUGUAAAUCUAUGUAAUGUAAAAUAACCUUUUUCAUAUAUUUAUUUUUUCAAAUCAGACAGUUAGUGUUCCCGUUGUGUUAUGCAACACAUUUGAGCCGAUGGUGUAACAUCAUUCUGAAUUUGAGUUUUUUUAGUUAUUGUUGUUAAACCAUCUAUAAUCCCGUAAACCUGCUUCAUACUUCUCUGUCCGUAACUUUCUGCCCACACGCAUGUGCACACUUUGACAUGUUGUAUUUACACCUAUCUGUUGGUGUAUUAGUGUUGUAAAGCAACUCUCCACCAGGACAGCAGUGGGCGCAGCACUUUUCUGGGGUGUCCUGCCACCAUUGCAGUCACACUGAGUUUACUGAUAGGGAGCCUAAGUCUCCUCCCUUUCCGGUCGGCUCAUGGCUCCCCGGAAGAACAAAAAAAAAAUGAAUGCAAGUCAACGACACUAAAAGAGCUAUUUUCUACUCCUCCUCGCCUAAGGCCCUGGAUCGCACGUACGCUGUACUUCAAUUUAAAUGAAAAGUAAUGAUGUGUGUUUCGACCACACCAGUCACGUACUUUGAGAUUUAUCAGCUUGUAAAUGUUUGUAAUUAGCAUGACUACAUAUCUGACGUCACCACAUUACGUAAUGCUCUCUCCCCGGCGUAGCUACUUACCACGUGGCCAGAUCUAUGGUGGUUUCCUCCAGAGGGAGGGAUUUGAAGUUUGCUAAACUUGCAGCCAUUUUCUUCUGCUUUGUUUCACGUCUGGAUCAGGUACGUCAUUCUGGUGAUGCACAUUUGUAGUCCUGGACAUAUUUUCACACCAAACCUUAACUAACAUUCCCCCCCAUUGGAAAAUAAGCGUGUUGUAGGCAUCAAAAUGCAUCAGUCACAAUCAUCAUAUGUGAAAUCAGCAACACAUAACAAACGGGACUAGAGUGAUUUUAGCUCCACUGACUUGAGUUCAUUUUUCCGUUCUUCCUGGGACCCAUGGUCCAGAAGUAGAUGAGCGUGAAACAGACUCCCCGUUAUUGUGUGUUUAUGUAUUUCAGAGACUUUUUAACACAAACAAAGUUGUCCCUCAUUCUCCUCACCUCUUCAUGCAGCCACCAACUCCAAACCCCCGUUUCCCGUAAAAAAAACUUACGGACAAAUAUAAAGUCUGCUGCGUAUCUUAGAAACCCAUCACUCACGGUUGUAUUAAGGUUCAUAUUGUUAUUGUAGGUCUUUUUCCAUGAGACAUUCUUAGAUCUUCUCCGUCUGCUGCUGGAGUCUUCGGCUCUCGUCUUAUAUUUUUUGAGGUGGAAUAGCCGUGUUGUUGACAAAGUUAAAGGAGGCAACAUCUUGACCAACCACUUCUCUGUCAGUGUCGAUGGAUCAUUAGAACAUUACGACUCCAUCCAUCCGUGCGUGCCUGUUGGAGAGCCCACGGGUUGCGUUUCUCCACACCUGUACAGACAGAGAAGUCCACACCUGUGCAGACAGAGAAGUACACACCUGUGCAGACAGAGAAGUCCACACCUGUGCAGACAGAGAAGUCCACACCUGUACAGACAGAGAAGUCCACACCUGUACAGACAGAGAAGUCCACACCUGUGCAGACAGAGAA